AUUAGAAGGGAGAAUUUAGCGGGUGGCCAUCGAAGAUCUCCCAAGUCUGAGUGUGUCGCGAUCGGAGGAGGGAGAGCUUCCAUUUGAAGAAGCGAGGUGUUGGUGGUUUUAUAGCGCAUGGCAUUGUUCAUUGGACUGGUCUUGUGGGUGGUGGAGCUUGCCGAUCGCCCAAACUUCGGGUGGUUCUCCUCUUCUUCCUCCUCUCUUCUGUUUCUUCCUCCCCUCGAUCGAUCAACGGUUGUGAUCGAUUCCUCUUAGACUCAUCGGCCGAGAUCCCUUCGUGUUAGUACUAGGUCAAGACACCCCUAGUUCAGGGGAGAGGCGAAGGGAGUGUUUUGUAAAAGAAUAAACUCUGAAGGAGUGAAGUAGGAUUUUCCUCUUAAACCAUUCCAUUCCUGGGGACAUUCCGUCGAAUACUCUGCCGGCCUUCUUCAAGUUCAAACCAUGGAACGGAAGCAGCCAUCGCCGGCCUCGACGGAGGCGAGAACGGAAAUGGCUUGUGGGAGGUUUUAGGUCGACGCUCCAUGCUCGCCUCCUCUCAGAGCAGCAGCGCCGCCCAUGGAAGCCAGCAGGAAGCUCCACGGCCACCUCACCGUCACCGGCUCGUACGGGCACUCCCAUCUCGUCUCCAAGGUACUCCUCUCCUACGCCCUCUCCCCGCCUCACCUUCCCCUCGCCCUCCGCCUCUUCGACCGAAUCCAAGCGCCGAACACCUUCCUCUGGAACACCAUGAUCCGGGGAUUCGCGCAGAGCGACGCUCCCGGGACCGCCGUCGCCUUCUACGGUCGGAUGCGGCGACAGGGCGUCCCGAUCGAUCACAUGACCUUCCCUUUUGCACUCAAGGCCUGCGCGAGAGUCCCAGCUGCCGGGGAAGGGAGCCGGAUACACGCCGAUUGCCUCAAGUUCGGAUUCCCUUCCGACAUUUUCGUCUCCAAUUCACUGAUCCAUAUGUACUCGGCGUGCGGGGACGUGUCGCUCGCGAGCAAGGUGUUCGACGAAAUGCCGGAGAGAAAUUUGGUUUCCUGGAACUCACUGAUAUGUGCGUGCAGCCAGCACGGUCGCCUGAGAGCCGCACUGCGUCUGUUUGAAUCGAUGCGAAUGCAGGACAUCAAGGCCGACAAGGUCACCAUGGUGAAGGUUGUCUCUGCUUGUACUCACUUGGGAGCUUGGGACUUGGCUGAAUCCAUGGCCAAGUACAUAAGAGAGAACAACAUAGAGGUGGAUGUCUACUUGGGAAAUACUUUGAUCGAUUAUUAUGGUCGACGGGGGUCGGUCGAACAUGCUCGAAGGGUGUUUGAAGAAAUGACGAACCAUAACAUAGUCACUCUAAAUGCUAUGAUCACAACUUAUGCUAAAGCCGGCGAUUUAGUUUCCGCGAGAAGGAUGUUCGACACUAUGCCUGAGAGGGAUUUGAUAUCUUGGAGUUCAAUGAUAACAGGGUACUCGCAAGCGAACCACUUUUCGAAAGCUUUAUCACUCUUUCGGCAGAUGCAGAAGGAUAACAUUCGACCGGAUGAGGUUGUCAUUGCUAGUGUUCUCUCUGCGUGUGCACAUCUUGGUAUGCUCGAUCUAGGUAGGUGGCUUCAUGACUACAUGAGGAAGAACAAUAUAAGGGUUGAUAUCUAUGCGGCGAACUCUCUUAUUGAUAUGUAUGCGAAAUGUGGAUCUAUCAUGGAUGCAUUCGAAGUCUUUAAGGGGAUGGAUAAAAGAGACACGAUGUCAUGGAAUAUAAUUAUGUUGGGACUUGCGACAAAUGGCUAUGCUGAUAGAGUGCUGCGAGUAUUUUCUGACAUGUUGAGCGAAGGAUUCCGGCCUGAUGAUGGCUCUUUUCUCGCUAUCUUAGUUGCUUGUGCUCACAGUGGAUUGGUUGAGAAAGGUCUUGAAUACUUUGACAGCAUGAAGAAAGAUUUUGGGCUGGAACCGCAGAUGAAACACUAUGGAUGUGUGGUCGGUCUUCUUAGUCGUUCCGGUGAAUUGAACAAGGCAUACAAUUUCAUCAAGGAAAUGCCAUUCACUCCUGAUCCGAUCGUAUGGAGAACACUGCUUGCAGCGUGCUGCACACACGGAAAUGUGGAUUUGGCUGAGAUUGCUACGGAGAAACUUAACGAAUUGGAUCCAAACAAUAGUGGAAAUUAUGUUCUUUUGUCGAACACCUAUGCCAUGGCAAGCCGAUGGUGUGAUGCAACUGAUGUAAGAGGAAAGAUGGAAUGCAGUGAAGUGCAGAAAGUACCUGGUUGUAGCUCUAUUGAAGUUAUUAACUUGGCACAUAAGCCGACUGCUACUGAGCAGUGAGCUCCCUCAGGCGACUAAGCAAAAAGUUAUUGCCUGAGUCGUUUUACGCAAAGUUAUUGGCUCGAAAGAUAAAUGGUGUUUCAGUUUCUCUUCAAAUUGCCAAUGCUGACUUUGAUUAUGAGAUGAAAGAUAGCUUGGACAAGUUUCCAUAGUGUAACGACGAGCAGAACAUGACGAUAUAAGCCCAACGUAAGUCCACUCACAACUAUGAAAUGGCAACUCUAAGCAGGGUGGCUAGAUCAAAUUGGAAAGCUUGCCGUCUUACAUUGGCAGCUUCAACAAUGAUCAUGUGUAGCUGAGAGACGAAUUGACGGAAACACUGAGGACGAGCGAAUCGUCUUUUAUCACUUGUAUAACCGAUGUGAUGAGGAUGGCUAAUAGGUUUUUGGAAGUUCUGACCUUAGAAGAAUCUGUCAUACUAAGCUGGUGUUAUUUCCUUACCUGAAAGAAACCUUUGGACUGGCUGAAUCAUUUAUGAACCAAGCCAAUUUUCCAAGAUUUUGGUGCAUUAUUUUAAAAAAUAAACACAGUUUU